GAUUAGUGUGUGGGCUGGGCGCUAAUUCGAUAGUUUUUUUUUUUGCUCCACUUCCGCUUCUCUGUUUGAACGACUUUCUGAAGUGCUCUAACCUGACUGAGCAUAUUUUUUAAAUCCCAUCCAGAUCUAAGAGGUUUACCAACAAAUUCGUUCUGAGGUCUAUAUCCCACUGCCGAUUUUUACACAAACUGCUCUGAUCCGAUUCUUAAUCUAACUUAAAAAAAAUACAUCAUUAAAUUCACUAUGGCAUGUUAGCUAGUCAUUGAUUGUGCUAAUCUGAGCUCAGUAGCUAUCUGGCUUCUAGAACCAUCAAACCUGUGUGUGAACACGUGGAAUCACUGGAUUGAAAAAGUUUAAUCCGAUUUUUCACCCCACUGAUCUAUAUUGCCAAUGACGCAGUUCACUGCUGAGGAUAAUAAAGGGAUGGUGAAAAAUGAGAACAUGAUCAAAGAGAAGAGUGGGACUACAUCUGGUGUGAAACAGGCUCGAGCCAAAGCUGCAGGGAAAAACAAAAAUGGAGGCAAGGCCAAGGCUCAGAAGAAGGUCAAGGACGUAAAGAGUGAGGAUCCUGACUCUGAAAUAGAUUGCACUAUGCGGCUGACCGUGAAAGAGGAGCCUGAUGAUGCAGACUACGUUGAGGGGAAGAGAGGGAAGAAGAGGAAGAGGCCUAAAGAGGAGGAGGAGGAGGCUGACGAAGGGCCCUCAAGGUCUCACAAGUCCGAUAAGAAACUGACAAGCAGCUACAUGGAUUGGGACAUCCCAGAUGCAGCAGUGCCCGGCCCUUCUUUGUUGAAGAAAAAUAAGAGAGCUGAGGAAGAUGGUGAGGCGACCUCUGAGAAGAAGAGGAGGAGCGUGAAGAGUGAGGAGAAAAUGAAGAAGCCCAAGAGGGAGCCCAAGAGGGAGUCGAAGGAGCAGGGCGAGAACGACAAAGUGAAGAAGACCAAGGAGGAGCGGGAGGCAGCCAGAGCCUUGAAGCUCAAGCUCAAGGAGGAGGAAGAGCAGCAGCGUUGGAGAUGGUGGGAAGAGGAGCGCUAUAAGGAUGGAAUCAAGUGGAGGUUUCUGGAACACAAAGGGCCCUUCUUCCCUCCAGAAUACCAGCCUCUGCCGGCCGACGUCCAUUUCUACUACAAUGGUAAAGUGAUGAAGCUGAGCCCUAUAACAGAAGAGACAGCCCUGUUCUUUGCCCAGAUGCUGGACCACGAGUACACCAUAAAAGAAGUCUUCCGCAGCAACUUCUUUAAGGACUGGAGGAAGGAGAUGAAUGUGGAGGAGAGGAGAGUAAUCACUGACCUCAACAAGUGUAACUUCACAGAGCUCCACACAAUGCACAAGAACAAGGUGGAGGCCCGGAAGAACAUGACAAAAGAGGACAAACUGGUGAACAAGGACGCCAACCAGAAGAUCGUUGACGAGUUCGGCUUCUGCCUGCUGGACCACCACAAGGAGCGCAUUGGCAACUUUAAGAUUGAGCCGCCGGGGCUGUUCCGUGGGCGCGGCGAACACCCCAAGAUGGGCAUGCUGAAGAAGAGGGUCCAGCCAGAGGACGUCAUCAUCAACUGCAGCAAGGGCUCCCAUAUCCCACAACCCCCUGCAGGGCAUCGGUGGAAGGAGGUUCGCCACGACAACACGGUGACCUGGCUGGCCAGCUGGACCGAGAACGUCCAGGGAUCGGUCAAGUACAUCAUGCUCAACGCCAACUCUAAGCUGAAGGGUGAGAAGGACUGGGAGAAGUAUGAGGUGGCUCGGCAGCUGAAGGGCCGUGUGGACCAGAUCAGAACCCAGUACCAGGAGGACCUCAAGUCCAAACAGAUGGUCACUCGCCAAAGAGCUGUGGCCCUCUACUUCAUCGACAAGCUGGCUCUGAGAGCGGGUAACGAGAAGGAGGAGGGUGAGGGGGCGGACACGGUGGGCUGCUGCUCGCUGCGCGUGGAGCACAUCACCCUCCAUGACGCGCUGGACGGACACGCCUGUGUGGUGGAGUUUGACUUCCUGGGUAAAGACAGCAUCCGCUACUACAACAAGGUCCCAGUCAGCAAAAGGGCCUUCAAAAACCUCAAGCUCUUCUUGGAGAACAAGCAGCCAGGAGAUGACCUGUUCGACCGCUUGAGUACUGCUACACUGAACAAACACCUGAGCUCUCUGAUGCCCGGACUGACGGCUAAGGUUUUCCGAACAUACAACGCCUCCAUCACCCUGCAACAGCAGCUGAAGGAGCUGUCCAACAUGGUCGACAGCGCUGCAGAGAAGCUCCUCUCCUACAACCGGGCAAACCGCGCGGUGGCCAUCCUGUGUAACCAUCAGCGCGCCCCACCCAAAACCUUUGAGCAGUCCAUGGCAAACCUGCAGUCUAAGAUCGACACCAGGAAGGAGCAGAUGGCCCAGGCCAAGCUUGAGCUGAAGAAGGCCAAGAAGGAGGCCAAAGGCAGCAAGGACCCCAAGCUCAAGGCUGUGUUGGAGAAGAAACAGAAGGCUGUGAUGCGAGUCAAGGAGCAGCUCCUGAGGAUGGAGGUCCAAGCCACAGACAAGGAGGAGAACAAGCAGAUCGCCCUCGGCACCUCCAAGCUAAACUACCUGGACCCACGCAUCAGCGUGGCCUGGUGCAAGAACAUGGAGGUACCACUGGACAAGGUCUACAACAAGUCACAGAGGGACAAGUUUGCCUGGGCGCUCGACAUGACCGAGAAGGACUUUGAGUUCUGAAGGGGCUGGGUGUCUCAGCUCUACAGGGUGUAGCACUUUUAAUCAAAUGUUUCUAGUUGUUCAGCCAUUUUGCUUUUAAUAUUCAAUCAUAUUUCAAAAAUCAUCUUUUAAAAUCUUAUCGUUGUUGGUGUUUCAAAGCCAGUUGUUUAACUGCUUUUAUCUCUGAUGUUUUACUCAAAGUUUGUGAAUAAAGUUCCCUGUUCAAAGACGCUUCAAGCCUUGAUGGUGAUUUCAGUGAAGCUCAAACCGCUUCCGCCUGCUGUGCUGUUAGUCAAAAAAACGAAAAGGAAAAACUCUGCAAAGCUUUCCUUUGUCUGUUAGAGAAGGCAGACACUGAUUUCCCCUCAGCAAUUUCAGUGUAAUAUUAUUUACAGUGGUAAA